GAGAGAGAGAGAGAGCGCAGCACAGUCUCUGAGGUCCGCAUCGCUCCUCUCGCGCUCCGCUGAUGGACUCGUGAUGAUGAUGAUGAUGAUGAUGAAGGCUCAGGGAUGAAGAGGAUGUCCAGUGCUCCAGAAUCACUGCAUCAGCCGCUGCUUGUGUCGGAUGAACCGGAUCGAUGUGUUUGAUCGGAUAUGAAAUGAAUGAUGAAUGUGUUCAGAGAUCUGAGCUGAUUGAUUCAAACUCGCUUCUUCAUCAUGGAUCCGAAUCUUCUCACACUCUUCAAACUUUCUCUCAUCUUCGCAGUGAACAUGCUGAUGACGAGAGGUUUAUCAGACGCAGACAGCGCUGAUCUGUUGACCACCCAGCGGCCACGGCUCCCGCAGUGCAAUCAGACACUCCUGCUGCUGGAGAUGGAGAGAUGCGGCGAACGAUUCAGCAGUGACAUGAAUCACAUCCAUCCAGACGACAGAUGCAACCUCACGCACUUCAUCAGAGAGUAUCACGUCUUCUCCUCCUGCACGGAGAUGAACGCUGAGCGCAUUGGCUGCUUCUGGCCGAACCCAGCGGUGGAGCGCUUCAUCAUCAGCAUCCACAAGCACUUCUUCUCCAACUGCAGCCUGGAGCACGUGUUCAUCGACCCGCCGGACGACACGCUCACCCUCCUCAUCCUCGUGCCCGUCUUCCUCACGCUGGCCAUGGUGGUGCUGGUGGUGUGGUGCAGCAAGCGGAGCGACAUCCUGGCCUAGCCUGCGCUGGACCUUCACCAUCAGGACCGGUCAGACGGACAGAAGCAUCACACUGAAGCGUCUGCUGAACUCCUGCAGAUGUUUCCGCUCGUCUCGCUGCAGUCACUGAUGCUGAAUUACAGUUUUUUUUCAACUGCUUACAUUUUCAGAACUUUACACACAAAUCCAAGAAUUGCACACACAAAAUGCUAAAUGCCUCACAUCUCUUGCAAAAAAACUGUAAUUCAGUGCUAAUAGAGAGUAAAGAUCUGUCAGGAUCUCUGGAAGGACUACAUGAAUCAUGUACUGUGCAGCUAUUAUUUAAUGUUUUAAUUAAAUAAGGUAGAUUUAGAGCAUUUGUCAAACUCACACUGCCGUGUUUGUGGUUUUUGGUGGGUCUCUCAUCGCUCAGUCUGACACGCAUCGCCGGCUCAUUUUUCCCGUGAUUUUAGCUUGGGUUUUCUUCUCUGACUUGCAGGAAAAUCCUGAAAUGCUCAACAUGUUCCUGUGAAACACAAACAGCUGUUUUGAUUGAUUCAGACUGAAGCGGGACAUGUGAACGUGUUCGAAUGAGAAUCCGGCGAGGCUUGUUUUAGGAUGACGGUAUUAUUUAUAUGAGAAGGAAAGCCGUGUAUUGUGUGUGACUUAAAGAUACAAACUCAAGACAAUAGUUGCUCUCAAACGUCUCGCCUCGUGUUCUCCAGUAGAGCCAGAGCUGCUCGCGCUGCAGGAAGGAUAUAAAAGCCUUUCCCAGCGCGGCCGAUGAAUGAGAGGAAAUGGGCUGGUUAUGAUUUUCACCAAAAGAGCUACAGGAACCGCUGCCAUGUUCCCCAAACCUGUGUGUGUUCUGAUGAUGGUCUGUGUGUCUGAAGGCUUCGUCUUCAUCUGUCUUGUCAAUCUGCAGCAUUUCUUCUUCUGUGCAGAACUACAUUUAUGAUUUCGGUAUUUGAACUGCAUAAAAUAAUUCCUUCGAUUUGGAUUUCACAGUUCUAACAUAAACUAAUAAACUUAAAGUGAUGCA